GGAGGAAGAGGAGGAGAUGGAGAGACGCGCAGCUCCUCCCACGGGCUUUCGGAUCGGAUGGAUUUACUUACUGAAUGUCUUCGGUGAAUCACAAUCCUCCAAACACGACGUGAAAACACGCUAUAUUGAAAUAAAUCAUAUAAACCAUCUCGCUGGUGAUCGUGCCAGACAGACUGAAUUUGAAACGCCGCGCACUGACGGAACUUUAAUGUAGUUUAAUUCCAAUAAUAUCAUAUACCUUGAUAAGUCGAGAGUGCUGAAUGUCUGUUUAACAUCUAGAGAAAGAGAAAGACAAACUACAACACAAGUUUAAGCGGAGAAACCUGGAGAAAAAGAACUCAAGGACCUGCGCUGACCACCUUGCCGACGAGAAGCUCAUAAUCAAAGAGCUGCUGUCACACAGAGUCCUGUAGGACCUGCUCUCAACCUCAGAUGGGCCGUUCGCUGACCAUCAGAUGCAAAUUACUCCACAAAACUGCCAAGAAUUGUCAGUGAUCCAGCUAAGUCUUAUCUGUUUAGACAGGUCUGCAGUGUGUGAGUGGGAUGUCUGCAGAUCUGUGGCCUGACUAUGGUGAAACACCAACCGUUACAGGUGUAUGAAAGACAGCUGUGUUUGUCCUGUCUGACCGGGAUCUACGGCUGCCGCUGGAAACGGUACCAGCGCUCCCAUGACGACAGCUCCAAGUGGGAAUGUUCAUGGUUCUUCAUCCUCUGCUGUUCAUUUCUCCUUCUCCUCGUCUGGUCCUACUUUUGGUUGGAGGCUCAUAAUGACUACAACGAGUUCAACUGGUUGUUAUAUAAUCGUUCAGCCAUUUGGAAGGAUGGCACAGUCCCUAUUCUCGCCGCAACACUCACAGGAUUCACUUACACUGCAUUUUUAAUGAUUCUUGCACUUUGUCACAUUGUACUGGGACAGCAGCUUAAUUUGUACUGGAUCCAUAAGAUUGUAGUUCUGGCUAUUCUGCUCACCACCAUAACAGGAGUGGUGUUCAUUGAUGAUUUCUGGCAGGACGAAUGGGACAUUGUCAUCAUUUCUCUGCAGUUCACAGGGCCGUUCUUACACAUCGGGGCUUUAGCUGUGGUCACAGCAUUAGGUUGGGUCAUCGCCGGUCAGGUGGUCCGUGUGGAAAGAUCAAGACUCCAAGUUGUAACACUGGUGAUUUAUGUGAGCCUUCUCCUGGUUCUCUAUCUGGUUCCCCUCUUCAUCUCAUCUCCCUGCAUCAUGGACCGGUCCAAGCUCGGUCCUCGUCCCGCUGUCAUUGGCCGUCGUGGAGCUCCAAUGCUCGCUCCAGAACACACCAUUAUGUCCUUCAGUAAAGCGCUGCAACAGAAAGUCACUGCCCUGGAAGCAGAUGUUACCAUCAGUCUGGAUGGAGUGCCUUUUUUGAUGAGGGACCGCACACUCCGCAGGACCACCAAUGUGGACAAACUGUUUCCGGCCCGUCAGGACCACGACGCCUCGUUCUUUAACUGGACAGAGAUUCGCAGUCUCAGUGCUGGACUUUGGUUCCUCAGGGAUGACCCAUACUGGACAGUGCAGUACAUGUCUGAAAAAGAUCGCAACCGCACGGCCAAUCAGACGGUGUGUAGCCUCGCGGAGCUGCUGCGUCUGGCUGCUAGAACGAACCGCUCAGUGAUUUUCAGCCUGCGGCAGCCUCCACACCAACAUCCCCACCACCAGCUCUGGGUCAGUGAUGCACUGAAGGCGAUUCAGAGAUCUAGUAUCCUACCAGAACAGGUGAUGUGGACGCCUGACUGGUACAGGAAGAAGGUGCGUGCAGCGGUUCCUCUCCUUCAACAGACAUCAGAUGAGAAACUUCCUGUGGCUGAGCUGAAAGAAAGAGGGAUCAGUACUCUGACCCUGCACUACAGCCAGGCCAGAGCUCAGGAUAUCAGGCAGUUCUCUGGCAGUAAUGUGAGUAUAAACGUGUAUCCGGUGAACGAGCCGUGGCUCUAUUCGCUCAUGUGGUGCAGCGGGGUUCAGUCCGUCUCUUCUGAUGCCCCACACAUCCUGAAGAAAGUGCCUAAUCCUGUCUGGAUCAUGAGUGCAGAUGAAUAUGGCCUGAUAUGGAUCACUUCAGAUUUAAUCUCUGUGGCGAUUGUCAUUGGCAUCUUCAUAUUUCAGAAGUGGAAGAUGAGUGGCAUGCGCAGCUACAACCCGGAGCAGAUCAUGCUCAGCGCUGUAGUACAUCGGCCGAGUCGUGACGUCAACCUCAUGAAGGAGAAACUGAUCUUCUCAGAGAUCAACAACGGUGUUGGGAGCACAGAUGAGCUCUCCGGGUACACAGGAAACGGACUGGACACGUACUCGCGCGAUGACAUCAUGACACCCGCACGUCACGCAACGAAACUUUAAUGACGACUUGAAGCCAUUUUAUGGAACGAACGUCUCAAGCUCAAAAUCAUUCAUUUAGACCGAGUUGCUUUGAACAUUCAUCUCCGUUGGGUCUUUAGUUUGAAUGGUUUUCGUUGGUUCACAGACACUCUGGGACUGUAUUCCACUGAUUCAUUGUUCUGCUUUGAUGCCUUACAUAGCCUACCGAUGAAUUUUUUUCUGUAUUUAAAAUGGAGCUGAGUCAUUGUGCACUGUAAAGUUUAGUCAAAUCUUGAAAGCUGGUAAUAAAAGUGUCCUAUUAAUAAUAUUUUUGAAGAACAGACUGAAGAUGAAUGGAUUUAAUGUUAAAGCAUGCAGAAAUCACAGAUUCAGAGAUGUUCUGAACCCCAAACUAGCCCUUGUAAAGCUUGACUGUAGGCUGAUAUAAUUAUUUAUUUUUUUAUUUAUUGUAUUUUUUUAACAUACUAUUUGCUUGCUGCUGGUGAUUCAUGUCAUUGCACUAGCUUAAGAUCACAUUUCUUCUACCUUGCUGUAUCAAUGUCUUUUUAAGUGAUUUAUUUUGUAAUGAAAUCACUGAAUUGCAUUGAGAGUCUUUUUCAUGAGGUGUCCAAAUGGGUUUUGAAGGUAAUUAUUACUGGAAAUGAUUCAGUAUAUCAGGUGAAGUCCGGUAAAUUGAGCCACUUUUGUGCACAAAAUGGCCCAGUUCAUCCUGUGCUGCAGUAGGCGGGCCUACUCUUUAGUCUCUCAGAAUGAUACUUAUCAUUUAAAACAUCACAGUUUUUUAUUGUAUAUUAUUGGGUAACACAUUGGCCAUAUUCAUUCACGAGCAGAACAAAUUUGUGUAAAUCACUCAUGGGUCAAUAAGAUUU